AUGCGUGUCCUUGGUUUCUUAACCCUGUCGAUGCUCCUCCCCUCUUUCAUUUUCUUCAAACCGAGAAUGCCUCCGCGAAAAGGCGGUCCAAUUGUGGAAUGGGGAGCUUUCAAGGAUCCGUCGUAUCUGCUCUUCAGCAUCGGGAUGUUUUUCGCCUUCUGGGGGCUGUAUGUCGCUUUUUUCUAUAUCGGCAGCUUUGCCAGGGAGAUUAUCGGUGUCGAUCAAGCUAUCUCCAUCAGUCUUUUGUUAAUCAUGAAUGGUGCCGGCAUGCCAGCACGAAUUCUGCCCAAUAUUGUCGCAGACCGGUACACCGGCCCACUCAACCUCCUUAUCCCGGCUAUCCUGAUAUCUUCAAUCAUCCUCUUUUGCUGGAUAAGCGUCUCCCAAACCAGCAACCUGUACGCGUUUUCGGUGUUCUACGGCAUAUUUUCCGCCUGUGUGCAAUCAUUAUUCCCAGCCUCACUGACUUCGAUGACCGUGGAUUUGAGUAAGAUCGGGGUUCGGACCGGAAUGGUGUUGACCAUCGUUAGCUUUGCGGCUUUGACAGGCUCGCCUAUUGCAGGUUCAUUGGUACAGCGCGGCAAUGGAAGUUAUCUAUAUGCUCAGUGCUUCGCUGCUGCCAGCAUGGCUGCUGGUGGUAUCUUAGUCACCAUGGCCCGGAUUCGCAAAACUGGACCUACCUUGAAUGCGAGGAUGUGA